UUACAGUAUACACCUAUCUAUAUCCCACAAGCAUCAGCAGUCUCUCCAUCAGUCUCCACGAUACUGAGCGCUACUACGGCGCAAAAUAUGGCAUCUCAGCGCCCCGAAGAACCGUUCUCCGCCUCUGCACACAUCUGCGUCUUUCUGCUGACCACCUCGGCCUGGAUGGCAUUGCCGGGACCGGUGCGCUGUGGCAGCGGGGCUUUAAUAAACCGGAACGGCGGGGAGGACCGUACGUUUGACAUAGGCGGUGGAGACGGAGGCUCCCCGCCGGGCUUACCGAUGGUCAGUGACGAGGAAACCGUCAGCGCGGAGAGCUCACCCCGCUUUAGGAGAGCGCUGUCCCGGGAAAAGCAAAUGUCCCUGCAUAGCAGCUCGUUCGUGCUCAAAGGGGAUGCGACCCACAACCAGGCGAUGGUCCACUGGACAGGAGAGAACAGCAGCGUCAUCCUCAUCCUGACCAAGUACUACCAUGCUGACUCCACCAAGGUGCUGGAGAGCUCACUGUGGAGGUCUACUGACUAUGGCACCACCUACACCAAACUCAACCUGAUGCCAGGAACUACUAUUGUGGUGACCAGCUUCUAUAUCUGCCCAACCAACAAGAAAAAGGUGGUGCUGGUGGGUUCAUCCAUUAAUGAAAGGGAUCAGAUGCUGUUUAUCAGCACAGACGAAGGUUCCUCCUUCCAGCGUCAGUCCAUAUCCUUCACUCCAGACACACUCAUCUUUCACCCUAAGGAAGAGGACAAGCUCCUGGCCUACAGCAAGGAGGGCAGGCUCUUCACUUCCACAGACCUAGGCCGUAAGUGGACUUUGCUUCAGGAGCGGGUGACCAAGGACAAAGUCUUCUGGUCAGUAUCUGGUGUGGAUGUGGACCCUGAUCUGGUGCACAUGGAAAUGCAAGAUACAAGUGGAGGUUACCUGUAUGUUACCUGUCUCAUUCAAAACUGUUCAGACAAAAUGGUGACGGCUCAGUUUCUCGGCAAAAUCGACCACAACUCACUGCUGGUGCAGGACGACUACAUAUUUGUCAAGGUCACCACAGGGAAUCGCACAAAGCACUAUGUGUCCUAUCGACGCAACGAGUUUGUCCAGAUGAGGUUUCCCAAGUAUGCCUUGCCAAAGGAUGUUCAGAUAGUUAGUACGGACGAGAGCCAGGUCUUCCUCGCCAUCCAGGAGUGGUACCAGUCAGACACAUAUAACCUGUACCAGUCUGACCCCCAGGGCGUCUACUACUCCAUCGUCCUGGAAAAUGUUCGCAGCACCAAGCAGCCAGAGGAAAAUGUCCUCAUCGACAUACUUGAGGUGCGUGGAAUCAAAGGAGUCUUCCUGGCCAAUCAGAAGGUAGAUGGCAAAAUGACAACUCUCAUUACCUAUAACAAAGGACAACACUGGGAACCCUUGAUGCCACCCACCACAGACAUGAAUGGCAAGCCAAUAAGCUGCAAGGCACCGGACUGUCAUCUCCACCUCCACCUGCGCUGGGCGGACAACCCUUAUGUGUCUGGGACUGUCCAUACCAAAGACUCUGCUCCAGGUCUCAUUAUGGGUGCUGGUAACCUUGGCUCCAAACUAGUAGAGUAUAAGGAAGAGAUGUACAUCACCUCAGACUGUGGGAAGACGUGGAGACAGGUUUUCGAAGAAGAACAUCACAUCCUGUACCUGGACCACGGUGGGGUCAUUGUUGCCAUCAAAGAUACCUCUAUUCCACUCAAGAUACUUAAGUUUAGUAUUGAUGAAGGACGGACGUGGAACAUUCACAACUUCACCAGCACCUCUGUGUUUGUCGAUGGACUCCUGAGCGAGCCAGGAGAUGAGACCCUGGUUAUGACUGUGUUUGGUCACAUCAGCUACAGGUCAGACUGGGAGUUGGUCAAAGUGGACUUCAGGCAGUCUUUCCCCCGGCAGUGCACUGAGUCUGACUACGAGUCCUGGCAGCUUACAGGCCUGCAGGGAGAGAAGUGCAUAAUGGGCCAGGAGCGGAGUUUCAGGAAAAGGAAGGAAACAGCAUUCUGUAUCAAAGGAAAAACCUACACAUCAACUCUUACCACCAAACCCUGUCAGUGCACAGAGAAAGACUUCAACUGUGACUAUGGUUUUGAACGGUCCCACACGGAAGACAGUCGGUGCAUCGCUGACUUCUGGCACGAUCCAGAUUCACCACUGGAGGACUGCCAUCUAGGGCAAACCUAUGAGUCUAGCACUGGCUACAGGAAGAUGAUAUCUAACAUGUGUGAAGGGGGACUAACCAAGCACCAGAGCGCCAAACAACACAGCUGCCCCCUGCUGCCUCCUAAAGGAUUACAGGUGGGCAUCAAAGGGCAGAUGUUGGCUGUGGCGCCUGGUGAUGACAUCACAUUUGUUGUCCACCAGGAACAGGGUGACACCAGCAGUACCAAGUACCAGGUGGACCUUGGUGACGGCGUUCGGGCCAUCUACCAGAACCUGACAGUGACGGAUGAGCCCAUCCAGCAUCGCUACAAAAAUCCAGGCAUUUACAAGGUCACAGUGAAGGCCGAGAACAUGGCAGGGCACAACAAGGCCACCAUGUACAUCCAGGUCACAGCCCCUCUACAGGAAGUGCACUUGGAAGUGGUUCCAAUCACUGGGAGAAACUAUGAGGUCAAUCUAACAGCCAUAGUUCUUCCCACAGAGGCCAACUUGUCCGUCUUCUACUGGUGGAUAGGAGACAACCUGCAGCCUACGCUGACUCUGCAGAACAGCCUUCUGACUCGUUUCCCAGAGACAGGAGAGGUUUCAGUCACUGUCCAGGCUUCUAAUGGCCGAACUAUGGUGCAGGAUACCAGGACAGUUCAAGUCUACGAUAACUUUCAGGUUAUCCCUCUGAGUUUUAGCGCAAACCUGGACAGCUUCAACCCAAACAUCCCAGAGUGGAGACGGGACAUCGGCCAGGUUGUCACCAAAAUACUUGUUAAGAACACAGGUGUCCCUCUGGAAUCCCUUGUUACAGUGGUGAAGCCGGGACUCCCCACCAGAGCUGACCUGUACGUUCUCCCACUGGACAGCACAUCAGCCAAGAGGAGCAUGUUUAUAGAUAAGCGUAUUCCAGCCAUCAUACAAGCCUUCAACAGCAACAAUGUCAGCUUUGUGGUGCGAGGAGGUCUACAAGUGCUGGUGAUGCUAACUGACCCAAAUGCAGGUUACCAUGGAGCUGCUGGAGGUCUGGGUGUUUGGGCUCUAGCCGUCAUUUUCCUGAUCAGCAUCAUCACCACUGGCUCUUUCAUCCUCUACAAGUUCAAAAGGAAGCUCCCGGGCAACCGCAACGUUUACGCCCAGAUGCACAAUGAGAAGGAGCAGGAGAUGACCAGCCCUGUCAAUCACAGCGAGGACACCCAGCACAUCAUUCAGGGGGAGGAGUUCAUUGACGAUGACCUGGACUCUCAGACUCUAGGUAACCAUUCAGGUGUGGUCCUGAGCAUCAACUCCAGAGAACUACACAGUUACCUGACCAGCUGAUGGCUGCCAUGACAACGCUAACAAGCUAGCCUAGUCUAGCUGGCUAACGAGCACAGGGACUCCACUCGGCCUUCCUCCUCUUACCUCUCCUUUUCCUUCUCCUCUUCCUUGGACACUUCACCUCCACAUAGUCUCACCUCAACCCUUCACCUGCAGCCUGUGCAACGUUUUGUUUUUGGUGGUGGGUUGGGGAGGGGGGUGGGGCGCAAUGAGGUUUUGAUGGCAUCACACUAAGAACACUCGCUCAUCUUUGUUUUGAAUGAAAAAAAAGGAAAAAAACAUAUGUGUAUGUUGUCUCUCACUCGUAGAUACUCAAAACCAGCAAGCAUGACUCACUGCACUGGUUUCCAGACAGAGUUAAAUCUUCUACUACCAAGAGGCAGUAGUUACUGAAGGUAGUGAGUGGCCAAGGGCAAGUGUGUUAAGAUGAUUUCCAAGUAUUAAAAGGAUC